UUGGUGGCAGUUACGGCAUGGGACAUGAAAACAUCGGACACCCGAGAAAAACAAACAUUCCAGGCGAAGCACACAACAAUAGUGAAGUACAAACAACUUUUGAAGCACUGACAAACUUUGCUUGUUAACUUUGAACGCCUCUAUUUCACUUUCUCAUGCUAGACCCAAAUCCCCCCUGAUACUCCUCCCCAGGCCUCUGUCUCUGUCUAUUGUUAUUCGUUAUCUUAAAUUAUACUCUAGUAUGUUUUUCUUUUGUGACGUUUUUAAAGGUUUGAUCUCAACAACUACAGCUUAAGGUUCUGUUAUAGGAUGGUGCGAUUUCUUGAGCUUGGAGAGGAUAGGAUUAAUUAACUACCAUGCAUAACCUUUCAAAAAAAAACAAAAACUACCGUGCAUGUAUAUUGCUGCCCUUUGUGUUCGCGUAGGACUGGUCUGACUGGCUUUUGGGAUUGUUGCAGAGAGAGGAAGUUGCUUUUGAAUGCUCUAUCAUAAAAUUGAAUGACAUGGAUUGUUCUUAGGAUUGGGUUUAGGCAUUUGAUUCUUUGAUCUUUCUACCUGUAAUCUAUUGGCCGGGUUGCUCCUCUAAUCAUGCCAGUGGUUCAGAAACUGUAUGAUAUUUGCAAAGUAUCAUUCUCAACCAAUGGCCCAAUAUCAGAAGAAGCUCUGGAGAACGUUCGUGCUAUUUUAGAUGGAUUGAAGCCUUCUAAUGUGGGUCUCGAACAGGAGGCACAAUUAUCGCGUGGAUGGAAAGGUUUGAUAAAUGGUAGCAAUGGGAGAAAGGGGCGUAAUAUCAUUCAUCAGUAUCCACCUGCAAUAAAAUAUUUGCACUUGCAUGAGUGUGAUAGAUUCUCUAUAGGGAUCUUCUGUAUGCCACCUUCCUCUAUCAUACCACUUCAUAAUCAUCCAGGAAUGACUGUUCUGAGCAAGCUUCUGUAUGGCUCGCUUCAUGUCAAAUCAUACGAUUGGCUUGAUUUACCUGGUCAUGCUGAUCUAUCUCAAGCAAGACCUGCUAAACUUGUCAGAAAUUGUGAAGUGACUGCGCCCUCUGGAACAACAAUUCUUUAUCCAACUACUGGUGGCAACAUUCAUUGCUUCAAAGCUUUAACCCCUUGUGCACUCUUUGAUGUGCUUUCACCCCCAUACUCUUCAGAAGAUGGGCGUCACUGCUCUUAUUUUAGGAGGAUCCCUCAAAGAAAUCUGGAAGGUGUUGAUCAGUUGUGUGGUGUAAAUCUCUCCGAAGUGGCUUGGUUGGAAGAGAUUCAACCCCCUGAAAACUUUGUGGUCCGUAGGGGACAGUAUAGAGGCCCCAUUAUUAGACAAUAAGCGGUUUUAGAGAGGACCAUACCAUUAGUCAUAUCGGCUAAACACAAAUGAAGAGCCAUUUUUCACACUUUGUUGAAAUCUUAGCUGUCAAUUCUGUUGGCAAUAAAUCCCAACAUUAGCUACAUGAGGAAUUUGUUUGUAGAUAUUACUCAAGUAUUAUUUUAUAUGCCUGCUUAAUGGUGAAUGUCGAUAGCAAGAACAUGUUCCUCCUUGUCAAGAAUUUAUUGCUAAGGAGGCGUUUUAUUGUAUCUUUACCUUGUGAAAUUUUCUGAUAGCUAAAAUUUCUGGUUGGAAUUAGUACUUUUUGUUUUUCUUCACUUCUUAAUGUUACAUGU